ACUGUCAAUGAAAAAUUUAGGGUUGCUUGUGUAUUUGUGGAAAAAAAUUUACAAAAUACUACUCCUUACCAAAUAUGAAAAAGAAACAUUAAUUUAAAUAAAUAAUAAAACAAUUAUGAGGCACAAUGCAAUAUCAAUGAGAUUGCAUUAAUUAUAAACUCAUUAAUUUGUUGGACAAAAUUUUCCAAGUAUACGGGUAUACACGGAGACGGAAUCACAAUGGAACGUUUUGCCAUUAAAAUUGAUAGGAAGCUAAAGGCAAAUUUAUAUAAAAUUUGUCGUUUGUGCGGAAUGGAUUAUCCAGAUAUGGUGCCCAUAUUGUCAGAUGAUAAGCCUGAAAAUGCUAAAGACGAUGAAGGAGUUGAUGUCGAUGCCGAGCCGGAGAUGUCCCAGAAAAUCAAUGUACUUAUUGGAUUACUGAUAACAAAGGACGAUCGUAUGCCGCAGACCAUGUGUACAUUGUGUGUCGACAAAGUGAACGAUUUCUAUGAGUUCCGUGAAAUGUGUUAUGCCACUUAUGAACAGACAAGAAAAUUAUUGGGUCUUAAAAAUGUUGUCAAGAAGCCAGUUGUCGAACCAAAACCGAAACUUGAAGUUAAGGAGGAGAUACCGGUGGUGCCACCACCAGCUUCCAAUAAGCUAUUAAAUCGUAAGAGGAAAGCUGAAAUUGAAACAGCACCGGCGGUAGUUGUAGCACCGCCGGUAGUCAGUAACAAGAAGCUUCGACUGGCAGCAACGCCACUCAAGGAGGCAGCUACGAAAAAGGCUAAGCUAAAAGCCAAGGAGUGGAAAGAAGCAAAAGAAGAAGAAAAGGAGGCCGUAGUUAAGGAUGAAUGCCGCGAAGUCAUUACCAGAAAUAUGAAGCUUAUGAAGGAAAAAGAAGCUAAAGAGGCAAAGGAAGCUAAGAUAACCAAGGAUGCUGUUAAAGAAGAAACAACCAAUACAGCUGUCAAGGAGGAAAGCAACGAAAAGGCAACAACAACAUCAAAGAAAGAUCACAAGGAAAAGUAUUCAAAAAAAGAACACAAGGAUAACAUCAAAGAAAGUGCUUUUGCCCUCAAAAAAGACAACAAAGAAGUAAUAUGCACAAAGAAGGGAAAACAUAAAGCCAAAGAGGCUAAAGAAGAAGAUGUGACCGCCGUAAAAGAUGAAAUCAAAGAAGAAGUCAAGGAAGAACCAAUGACGGCACAAACAUCUACGGCGAACUCUAGUAACACAGCUAUUGCGAAUCCUACAGCAAAACUUAAACACGGUUGCUCCAUAUGUUCGGAACGUUUUGGCACAAAAGGCAAACUGGAAGCUCAUGUACGAUUACAUCAUAUACCCAAGGUGGAACGUUAUGUUUGUACCGCCUGUAACGAAACAAUUUCCAAAAGUUUCGAUAUUAAAAAUCACCAGCUUUGGCAUAAACUUUCGAAAACUCCAUAUGUUUGUGGUCUGUGUGGUGAAUCGAUUGUCAGUACAUAUGCCUAUGCAAGACAUCUACAUGAACAUGGCUUCGAAACACCGCCAGCAUAUAUGGUCUUGGACAGAGAAUGUCCACAAUGUCACAUAACAUUUACCACAAAUUUCCUAUACAAUACCCAUCCAUGUGCUGUUAGAACAAGACGUUGUGCUGGAUGCAAUCGUUUGCAGCGCUCCGAAAUCGAAUAUGUUAAACAUUCCGCGCUCUGUGCCAAGGCCUAUCUCAACUAUUCGAAACAUAUUGCUCCGGCCGUUGAGGCGCAGGAAGAUGAGGUGCGCAUCAAAAACGAGAAUGAUGUUGAAGCGGCUGCCGAGGAGAUGGCUCGUAUUUCGGGUUUGCCAUUGGAAAUGUCACCUGUGGUACAACUGACAAGACUGUCUUCGCCACUUUUAAUGGCGGCAAAUCAUUGUCUACCCAUACCCAAUAUUGAAGAUAUUCCAACCACCAGUGGCAGUAAAAAAUCGGGUAAAAAGGGUGUUUCCAAAAAAGAACUAAAACGUGUCGAUGAACUACUCAAAUCAACCUUGGAUGUUUUGGUCAGCAUAAAACAUGAACCAGAGGUGCAUGUCGAUUCUGAAACGGCACCAGGUGCCGCUGAAGCCAGUGACGAUGAGGCAAUAGGCGAUGAUGGCUUUCAAAAUGAUUUUCAUCACAAUGAAGAAAGCGAUGACGAAAAUGAAAAUGCUGCUGCUGGUGAUGCAGGAAAUAGAAUCCAAAUCAAACAGGAAAUCGAUGAUAGUAAGGAUACAGCGCACGCAACAGCAGAAUCUAGUGAAAAUGGUGCUAGCAAGACAUCAUGUGGCUUUGGGUUGAAAUUGAAAAUUCGCAAAGAACAUGGUCAACUAAAUUCAUCCAUAAUUGAACAAGAAGCUGUGGAUAAGAAGUCAGAAAAACGUAAAAAGAAAAAGAAACACAAAGACAAGGAAAAAGAUAAACAAAAAUCGCAAAAGGACCAUGCAGAAGAACAAAACUCACGUGAUUCGUUUAAAGCUCAAAACCAUGUUGGAGAAAGUGAUGGUGUGGCUGCUGUAAAAGAAACUCCCUCAACCACGGUUCACAUUAAAACGGAGCCAGUGGAUUCCAUGGAAACCGAUGAAGCUCCUUCCGCUAUAAAUUCCAUGACACAUCGUCCCCAACCAGAGGCUACCAUUAUGACAUCAAUACCAAUGAUGCAGUUGCAAAUUUCCUGCAUUUCGGAGGGUGUGGAGUUUAAUGCUGCCAAUGUCAGUGGUGCUGGCAAUGUGGAGCAGCCAACUCCUCAACAUCAACAACCUCACAAUAUGUCCGAACAGGAAGAUGUUAAACCCAAUCGCGAGGAGUUGGAUAGAAUGUUGAAUAUUUCGCACAUGCCACCUAGUGUCAAUGAAGUGAUGCCGCCACCGGCCACCAAAUUGCAAAUAGCCAAUGUUACCGGUGGUAUAGCAAUGGAAACCGAUGAAACAAAAGAAGAAGUGGAAAACGAAACAACCAUGGAACAAGAUCAUACCGAUGCCACGGACGAUGAACACCACGAGGAAGAAGAAAAUGAACCGGACAAUCAGUUGCAUAAGAAAUUACACAUAAAACAACAACAAAAAAUAAUGUCACCCAGUGAAAAAUUAUCAAAGACAAAGUUGACACUGAAAAUAACAUCACCUAAAACAUCCACCCCGAAUAAAAGCCGUAAUAAAGCUUGUAAGUCAACUGCCAAACCGAGUAAUCCCCCAGUUGCCUUGCAAAUCGCAGCGGUUCAGAGUGGUGUUACAUUGCCGCCAUCAACAGCCGCCUCAGAGCCCAUGGAACAAAAUGAUUUUGUACCAAUGUUUAUAAAACCCGAACCACAACAUCGUGGCUAUGCCGAUGAAGAACCUGCCGCCAUGUCCCCAGAGAGAACACCGUCUCCAACUCCCUCGUCCGUUUCUUCGCCAGCAAGAGAGGUACCAGAAGGAGUCAAUACAUCAUCUCAGCAUUUUACGCCCGAGGAACAAGCCUAUAUAUCGACAAUAGAUUUCGAUAACAUUACAAUCAAACAAGAAAAGGAUUUGGAAAUUAAUGAUGUCCAAAUGAAACCUAAGAAACCUCUACGUCCACGUAAUCAUUCCUUGAAUGGUAUUAAAAAGCGUAAGGUUAUCAAGGAACAUAGCGUAGCCGAAAAUCAUAAUGAAGACGCUGAAGAAAAAGAAUGUGAAGCAUCUUCCGAAAUGGAAAAUGAUGAAGAACACGAAGAACACGAAAGUGAGGCAGAGGAAGCGGAUGAAGAGGCCGAUGAGGAGGAGGAGGAAGAAGAAGAGGAGGUUGAUGAAGAAGACGACGAGGAGGAGGACGUUGACGAGGACGCAGAAGAUGAAGAAGAACGCGAAUACAGAGAAUUGGAAUAUCCACCAGAAUUGGCCGAAACCGCAACACCCGAUGAUGGUGAAGAGACAGAACUGAGUGAUAAUGAAAAUAAUACAGAUAAUGAAAGGCCCAGUAACAUUGACGAAGAUGAUGAGGAUCUGGAUGCCGAUGAGAAUAGUCAACGAUCAAGCGAUCCAAAAGAAUCUCCUCUUCAAGAUGAGAGCAACAAAGACGAUCAGUAUAAAAAAGAAGGUGGUGAAGCCAAUGAUAACAAAACUCCAUCUGCUUUUGUUAUUGCGAAUAUUUGUAGUAAUGUAGCUGAAGCGGCAACAGGUAUCGGAGUUAUAUUAGAUCGGCCAGUGGUAAAUAUUAAACAAGAAAUAACCGAGUUUGAAGAGCCACCGCAAGAAACAGCACCUGUUUUGAAAAUCGCCUCAGUUGCCUCCGGUUCUUUAGAUUUGGGUAAUAUUCUCCCCAUUGAAAGUGGACUAGCAGCAACGUUGCAUCAGAAUAGUUUAGCGGUGGAACCACAAUGUCAUAUGGAAAUGGAUCAAAAUAUGACUGAAAUUCAUAGGCCAAACCAAAGUUUAACAGAAAACAAUAUGGAAGAUAAUUCCAUGGUACAGAUGGGAACACUGAACGAGAAUGUUAACAUUGAUGCACCACCACAAGAAGUUCGAAUAACACACGAAAGGCAUGUACAAGAAAACACAACAAAUCAAUAUUCAAAUCAAACAGCCAGUGAUAUUACGACAUCUCAGUUUCUUCCCCAACUCGAAAAUCCCAUGGAAGUGCCCACAAAUAGUAUUGAAGUAGGUGUCUCGAAUAAUAAUCCGUACAUUCCAAGGUUAUUGGAAGAUACAGCGGUGGCGAUAAAUGCAAGCAAUUUAAAUUAUCCUACAUAUGAAAAUCCCAAUACGGAAGUUAAUGGAAUUGCCAGUGAAAUGGGUGGUUUGGUAGGUGAAAGUCCGGUGGCAGCAAUACCAAUUCCUAAUCAAAAUGAAAAUCAAAUCUUAUCACAUCUUGCCAAUGAUGAAAGCGCGGUGAGAAAACCUCUUCUGCCACAGGGUAAAUUCGAGGAUGGAACUAUAACAGGUAUUGUCCAUCAAAGUGAUGACCUCAAAUUAGAAGCUAUACCUGUAAAUGUAACGAGAGAACAAUGUAACCCCUCAUCGUCCUCCUCCUCCGUGGCUCUUAAUCAAAUGGGAAGUCCCACAGCAGGGGAUGAAUACGAUGAAACAAAUGCUGCUGAUGGAGAAACUGAUAUGGAUGAUGAAAUGCAGUUGGAAGAUAAUUCAAAUCUGGCCAAUUUAGAGGAACAGCAAAAUCAACAAAAUCUUGAACAACAACUUUCAUCAUCCUCUUCACAGUUUGCAGCAACAGGAACGCGACCCACAGCCUUAGCCCUGCAUCCCUACCUGGAAGACAUCUCCUCAAGUAGUAAUAGUUUUUUAAGUAAUGCCCUAUCACAAACACCUCCGCCAACCCUGCAAACUUCCUCCAACUGCUCGUUGUCCGCGAUGGAAACGGUCGCAACAACAACAGCAACAAUGCCUCCUGUGUCACAGAAUCUAAAUAUAACACACCAACAAAAUAAUGAAGAGACUGAAAAUAUUCUAAACGAAUCAAAUGAUAUGCUUAAUCGUCGUUGUGGUGCUGGCUUUGCUGCGUCUUCGUCAACACAUCACACAGCAGCCUUUAAUUUUGAUAAUAUCAAUGAAAUUGCUGAAAAUAAUAAUAAUGCCAAUAUUGAAAGAGAACAAUUACAGGAUGACCAACAGCAACAAAGAAGACAUCAACAACAGCAUCAGGGCAUGGAUGAUGUAACGUAAAGCAAUAAAUGUGCUAUGGAAACACCUGUUGAUUAUGUCCCAAAAAAAAAAAAAAAUAAACAAUCCAAUCUGUUUUUUCACUUCUUUUACAACAUUAAAUUAAUUUAAAUGCCGUAAAUAUAAAUAUUGACAUCCACAUUCAAGUCCACCCAAGCACAUAACAUAUUUCAAUACAAAACAUUCAAUAAGAGAUUUUGCGGGUGAUCCGCAAUCAUUUUGCUUUUUUGUAAAUUAUUCUCAACAAACUAUUUCACAUACACAUUCACUCAUACAACAAUAAACAAUAACAUUUACCCUAAUGUAUAGAUAAGUUAAGUUAUUUAUAUAUACGAAAAAAAAAAAGAAAUACAUGCCCCUUCCCCUCCUUUCCUUAUUAAGUUUUGUUUUAUAAAAUUUAAAAUUGAAAACUCAUUGUACAAUGAAAGAAAUCUCAUUUCUAAGUCCCCCGCCGUUACAGCCGAUUUUAUAUUGUAUAAUUUUGUAUUAGUCAAAAACAUGUGUGUAGUUUUUUUUUCGUUUCGCCUUUUCCCACCCAUCUUUACCAUAUAGAUUUAAGUUCUUUAUGUUUAGUUGUUGUCAUAAAUGUAUACAGAUUGCAUACAGCACACACACACACACUCCCCCAUAGGCCUAGGCUUAAGUUAAGGAUAAGUUUAUACUUCAUUAUUGAAUUGCAAUUCAUAUUUAAUUUAAUUAUUAUUAUUGUUUCAUUCUAAGAUACUAAUUCAGUUUUUUUUUUUAUCAAAGAUGAUUGAUAAUUGUUCAUAGAAAUAAAAAUAACGAUCGAAAUAAUAACAUAAAAUAUUUGUUAAUAGAAAUUGAAACGCUCGUAAAAUAAUAUUACAUGUGUAGAGUAUAAAUACGAAAAUAUAGAUAUGUAUGAACACGAUAAUAAUAUCUAACAAAUAUAUAAGGAUACGGCUUAAAUUUUAAACAACAAA